GCAACAACCCGUGCAAGUCGCUCCAUUACAUUGCUCGGUGGCUACUCCUCAUCUAUAACACCUGACAACCUGAUACCCCCCUCCCCCUCCAACCAUGUCCACAAAGAAGAUCGAGCAGUGGGAAAUCGAGCGGUACUGGGAGAUCUUCGCAUCGCUAGCGGGCGGCCAGUCGCGUCUGAACAACUCCCAAGCGGCCUCGGUGCUGAGGAACAGUCGGCUCCGUGAUGACCAGCUCGAGAAGGUCUGGGAUCUGGCAGACGUCGACGGAGAUGGCGAGCUAGACUUCGAGGAGUUCUGCGUGGCUAUGCGAUUGGUGUUCGAUCUCGUGAAUGGGGAACUACAAAGCGUGCCCAAUGUUCUCCCCGAAUGGCUCGUGCCCGAAUCCAAAUCCCAUCUAGUCCACGCUACCCGUGCGCUGAGCGACCGUCCGGAACAAUUCGAGCGGAUAGAGGAUGAGGAUGAUACUCCUGGUCUGAAGGAUGGGUUUGAAUGGUACAUGAACCCCUCUGACAAGUCUAAAUACGAAGAGAUCUAUUCCGCCAACAAAAACCACCGCGGGGAUAUCACCUUCGAAUCGCUACACCCCCUCUACGAAUCCCUCGACGUCCCAGACACCGACAUCCGCUCCGCCUGGAACCUGGUAAACCCGUCCGCCUCGCCCGCGAUCAACAAAGAUGCCGCGCUUGCAUUCCUGCAUAUUCUCAACUACCGACACGAGGGGUUCCGGAUCCCGCGCACCAUCCCGGCGUCUCUCCGCGCCUCGUUCGAAAGCAACAAGAUCGACUACCAACUCGACAAUGCCCGUCCCGCUCAGAAAUGGGGCGCAAAUGGCGACGCGGAGACCUCGACGGGCCGGAAGGCCAAGUUCGGAGAUACGUAUCUGAGCCGACUGGGCGCCGGCGGGAAGACCUCCUACACGCCCAAGGGCACGGAUUUCAGCGAUACCAUCCAGGAUGAGGAGUGGGAGAAGGUGCGGCUGAGGCGCGAGCUGGUGGAGCUGGACGAGAAGCUGGAGAAUGCCAGGAAGGCCUCGGAGGGGCGACGGGAUCGGCCCCGGAACGAUGGCGGGCCCAACUGGGUUCUCAUUAAGAAGGAGUCGCUGCAGCUGCUGGAGUACAAGGAGCGGGAGCUGCGGGAGCUACAGGAGGGCGUAGGGAGGUCCCAAGAUGGUCAGAACGUCGAACGUCUCCGGGACGAUGUCAAGACGGUGGGCGAGCAAGUCGAGGGAUUGAAGACCCAUCUGGCGCAACGCAAGGAGGUCCUCGCCGAUCUGCGGAACCAGGUCGAGGAGCAAAAGUUGUCCCGAUAGUUCUGUUCUUCGUUUUUCUCCCACCUUUUGUCUCGUCUUCUUUGAAUAUACUUCCACUGGUUUUUCUUCCCUGUUCAUUUUUUUCCCCUUCUGGUUGUUCGCUCAUGAGCCUUGCUACUUACUCUGUUGUCGUUGUCGUUGUCGUUGUCGUUGUUGAAUAGCCAUUUCUUGGCGAGGAGCAUCAGGCGCUAGAUGGAUGUUUCGUGUCGCGUGCGUGUUUUGAAUGCUUCGUUUCCAUUCCAUUCCACUAUCUACUAGAUAGAGGUGUGAUUGAUUCCGAUUUCGGGAACCUUCAUUCGGACUCCCUGUCCCAUUACCACCAGCAUCCCUCCCUCCUUCCCUCCUUCCCUCCCGUCCUUCUCUCCAGGACACCCCCCAUCUAUUUAAUGUACAGUAAAUAUAAUCAGAAC